AUGAUCUUCCCUUGUUGGACUGCCACAACCGACCAACCGGUUGGUGGCCCAGGUGGUAUAUCUCUAGGCGCGGGUGUGUCUACGGCCGGCAUUAGCGGCACAGCAAGCACCUCGCACACCGGCCCGAACCACAACGUGAUUGGCACGAUCGGUGGUUCCAUUGGGUCGUCCACAGGCGUGCAGACAAGCGCCGGAGUGAACGCAUCGGCCACCGGGCUCGGCGUGACCGUCGAUCAUACGCACACGUCCAACGUGACGGUGACCGGGGAAGGUGUGCAGGUGUCACACGGUGGCCAAAAUACGAUCGACAGCCAGCAGGUCACCGUGGCAGGCACGGUCGGUGUGGCCGUUGGCGUCGAAGCAGGUUUGAUAGAUAGCUCCCUUAAUCAUACCGGGCACGUUUCGGUCGGUAGUAUCGACGUAAGUAGCGCCACGGCGGUUGGCGCAGGAAUCGUGGCAAAUCACACGACGAUCGGCGGAGUGGCACAGCUAACGCACAACGCCAGUAUAUCGAUUCCAACCGUCGCUCCAGGACCUACGACGGAACAACCUCCAGUCGAGUCUUCACCGAGUACACCAAUCCCUGGAUCGCCUGGAACCGCAAUUGGUGUGUAUCCACCGACAAAACCCAUCGAUACCAGCUCACCGCCUGGCUCGUCAUCCUCCUCCUCCUCAUCUCCGCCCCCAUCGAUGCCACCCUCGGGGCCACCGUCGUCUUCCGGUGGGGACAACUAUGCUCCACCUCCAAACUAUCAGAUAGCGGUAUCGCAAUAUCCGUAUUUCUUUGUGCCCUAUCCGUACGCACCUCCGAACGUGCCGCAGGCACCAUGCAACUGCCCAGCCGAUCAGCAGAACCAGCAGGGUGGCCAACAGCCAAACCAGCCGGCCGGCUACCUCGGCUUCAUUCCCGUCCUGUACAUCCCGAACUGUCACGCCCAGAAGAGUGGACUGCCGGCCAACUUCAACUGGCCGGCACCGCCACCACCGGAAGGGUUCGGCCAGUCACUGGACGAGCUGCCGGCCCAGCGACUCUUUCAGAAACCGGACGGUAGCUGGGUGCUGCAGCGGGCCCGCAACCGCUCUCGCCGGCUGCGUGCCCGACGUCCCGCUGCCCGACGAAUUAUAACCGACCAGGAAUAUCCAGCGAAGAAGUAG